AGAAGGUUUCGCAGAACUCGUCUACCUUGUGAUCGAAUUAUUAUUAUUCACGCCUGUCAACCCUAACUGAUGUCGCUAAGAUCUGGAGAGAGCUUGAGAACCUUGGAAUCACCACCUCUAAAGCACCAUCACCUUCUCACUUCUCUACAGAUGACCUCAACAAACACUUUAGUUCCAUCUCAAAUGAUCCACUGGCUCCUGCAGUUGAGAAUCGGACGUUUUGGCUGCUGUGUCGCACUUCCACACCCAGGCCAGAGGCAACGAUGGCAUCCCACAGGUUGUAAUUUCAAAGGCACUAUCCGUACUCGCUCCUUUACUAUGUCGGAUUUUCAACCUGUCCUUAAGCGAGUCACGCUUCCCCUCUGCCUGGAAGAUGUCGCUGGUGCGAGCACUGAACAAGGUCAGUUCACCAACAGCCCUGACUGACUAUCGUCCAAUUUCUCUCCUCUGUUUUUUAUCAAAGGCGCUGGAGUGGCUGGUGCACAGGCAAGUCUCGGAAUAUCUUGAAUCAAGACUACUCAUUGACAACCUACAAAUAGGCUUCCGCACCGGUCACAGCACACAGUCUGGCUUAAUUAAGCUGACUGAUGAUGUAAGGCUUGGCAUAAACAAAAAGAAAGUCACGCUUCUGUUUCUAUUUGAU